GGUAUUGUUACAGAGGAAAAGAGUGACAGGGCCCAGUGUGAUGGGGGGAGAUACGGGGCAGACUGGCGCCUGCUGCACUGCUUGUGGGAGUGGAAAUUGGGGGCCAGAGCUCACUGGUGACGUGGUCGUCACGUGACCAAGAGCUGCCUGGAGCAGAAGUACUGCUAGUCGCCUCCGUCUGGGUACCAGCCCCCUAUUACUCUGCAGGCGCGUGAAGGAAGAAGCAAAUUAGCCCGGACCGUGCAGGUUUAUAGAUUUGUUGGCCCGUAGGUCGCUGGAAAAAGUCGUGGCGAGGGAAGGAGCAAACUGCCUUGGGACGUGCAGUUCUGCAAAGCUGGCUAUCUUGUCUUUCCAUCUGUCCUUCUGCUGGAUUGUCCCUCAGUCACUGUGGAAGGAGCAUUGACCACAGAAGACAAGGGAAGAAGAAAGAAUUUACCUGACUUUGGAAGAGACUGGUGGGAGAGACUAGCUAUUCAUUACAAGAGAGCUACAGGAGCCUGGGAUAGGCUGAAGGCAUCUACCCUCCACCAAUACUCACCCUGGCCAUAAGAACCAUCUUCAAUCAGGUGAAGCAAGGCCCUCUCCUACCCUGCCCCCAGGCUGGCACGGACUUGAGUAUGGGCCGGGCUCGGGAAGUGGGUUGGAUGGCAGCAGGACUGAUGAUUGGGGCUGGUGCUUGCUACUGUGUUUACAAACUAACUAUAGGAAGAGGUGAUAGUGAGAAGUUGGAAGAGGAGGAAGAGGAAUGGGACGAUGACCAGGACCUGAAUGAGGCGGAGCCUGAGAUUUGGUUUGAUUUCACAACUAUGGCUAGGCCCUGGAGUGAGGAUGGAGAUUGGACUGAACCUGGGGCCCCUGGUGGCACUGAGGACAGGCCUUCAGGUGGGGGCAAGGCCAACCGAACACACCCAAUAAAACAGCGCCCAUUCCCUUACGAACAUAAAAAUACUUGGAGUGCACAAAGCUAUAAAAAUUUCACGUGUGUUCUUGGCCUCUCCAAGAGCCCUUUCAUUCAGGGGAAACUGUUGUUAGUUCAACCCAGGGAUGCUGGUUUUUCAUUUAGCCACGAUAUCAAUAGUCAUUUGGCCAGCCUCUCCAUUGCUGGAAACACGAACCCUACUCCCAACCCUGCUGUUGAGGGGGAGAAGGCUUUCUGUGCCCCAGGUAACGUGAACGCGAGUGGUGAAAAUCAGGGCCAGAUUAAGAUGUACAUCAAUGAAGUGUGUCAGGAGACUGUGUUGCUUUGCUGCAACUCAUUUCUGCAGCAGGCCGGAUUAAAUUUGUUAAUAAGCAUGACAGUUAUUAAUAACAUGCUUGCCAAGUCCGUUUCAGACUUGAAGUUUCCUUUGAUAUCAGAGGGAAGUGGAUAUGCUGAGGUGCAGGGUUUGAAACCAUUGACGGGUUUGUCUGAAAAGCCAGUGUUGGCAGGGGAGUUGCUGAGUGGCCCACUGCUGCUGUCUUUCUGGUCCCUCCUUAUCAGAAAUGCAGACAGACAGCUUUUCCCACACAUUCUGGCCUCCUAAAUGGCCCCCUCCAACAGAAUGGGACGGAUUCACCCCAAACCAAGACCCGAUUGGUGAACACACCCUUGUGUUCUCACCCAAAGACUCUGCAGUGGGUGCUAUUGAAGAUCUGGCCUUAACCAAUCACCACCUCACGGGGUGAGAGUUACACUUGCUAGAUCAAGGACCACACUCUGAUUGGCCAGGCAGGGGUUCCCACAGAGCCUGGAGUACCCUCUUGGUUUUUGCAGUCUGCAGGCAAUGUGCAUUGUAAAUUACUCCCUUGCAGCCUUCUUCCUGUGGUCAAGGGAUCAUUUUAGCUGCCAGCUGCGGUUAAAGAACAACAUAUUCUCGCCUCACAAGGGAUGCCUUGCCCGUGGUGGUCUCCCUGUCUAAGCUGGACUGUUUUGUGGAGACCAGAUGCGUAUGGGAGCUUGUGCCGAAAAUGCGUUGGUUGCUGCUUAGGUUGAAUUCUUCUUCAUUUACUGUCUCUUCCUCACGACCCGAUGGAUGGUAAACCUGUUCAUCCAAAAAAGUACACUCCCCUUCUAUGUGCUGUACUGACUUAACUCCCUCCAGCCAAGCCUGCAUUUAUUUGUAUGUAUCAUCAAUAAAGUUGUGUGCUUUGAUUGGCAAAAACGA